CGCCUUUAGUAGAACCCGGCGAGUUUGCGGAGGAGUCCACGCGGGGAACCCCCGGUUCCCUAACCCUGCCCUUCAGCUCAGCCCCCUCCCACUCUCUGGUCUUGUGAGAGCAGCAUGGAGCACGAAGACGUGUACCUUCCAGCAUAUUCUAAGCUGGAUGCUGCAGGGUCUAGGCUCCCAGCACUUGAUCCACACCGCGAACUUGGUGCCGCACGACCCUCGUUCCCGCUCCCUGCUCCCCCGGGUGUGUUUGGGGUCCUCCUCUAAGUGGUGUCCGCUAGUGUCUGCCCUGCGUGUGGCCUGUCUCCCCGAGCACGCUGUCACCAGGCGAUGGCCCAUCGUGCACCUGCCGUGUGCUGUCAGGCAUGCCGUCGGCGCACGUGCCGCUGUUUCCAUGGGCGGCCGUCAACCCAGGGCGCAGAGCUGGCUUGGGGCGCCGGUUCCAUGUCCCCUGGGUGUGGAGGCACAGUGGAGCGUUGGAUCGUAGAGUGACGCCGGAGUCUAGGCAGCAUGCUGGUCCCGAAGUGGUUUCUUCAAAGGAGGGAUCUGAAUGUUGGGGAAGACUACUGGAAGGGGGAGGAAUUUGUAGACCCGUGGAAGUGUUUCUAUGAGUUUAGAACACUGUAGAGCUAUAUUCAAAUCAAGGCUUAAAAUAACCCGUCUCGUGGCUGAACUGAGAAAGGAGGCCACUGACGUGCUUCCUCUGAGCCAGAAGGCUGCAGGCCGGCAGGGCUGGCCAGCUUGGCCCGGUGUGCAGCCCCGAUUGUCCCGGGAAGGCAGGAAGGACCAGAGGGGUCGCCUCUGGGGGGCAAGAGAAGCUGGAAAUCUGGACUUUUUUAUGUGAACCCUGUGAACUUUGACAAAGUUGGCAACUAACUAAGUUUUGAAACUGGGAAGAUCCAAGAAAUGGUGCCUGUGGGCCCCUGGAUGCAGCUGUUGCUGUGUUCUUAGUGUUUUUAGCAAAGGAAAGCACUUGGGAUCUUGCAGGAGGCGUGGAAGGCCAGAUAUGAAUUUGAUGUACCGACCACACACCAACAUUUUUGUUUCAUUUUUAUAUGUGUAUGCUCAAGAAUGAUACUUUAACAAUACCAAUAUUUUAUUCACCUUAAAAUUAAUUGGGGCUUGACUCAUGCUGGUCAGGAACCCAAGCUCUGGAUGGAGACCCGGGCUUCCGUGUCCCCUUCACCACAAGCCCGGGGCCACGAAGACCGCACUCGCCCACUGGGGAGUGCGGGUCUGGUUGUUGAGCUUGUUCUGUGUGUAAUCAUCCUCGUGUCAAGGACCUGAGCUGUAUUCUGUGAGGCAUCCGAAGACAGCUGUCAGGUCCCCGGAGGCCCUGCCCCCGGACCAUGUGGCCCAGGAUGUGGUCUCUCCCACCAUCAACGUCUCGUGCCAGAACGGUGCAUGUAUGACCGAGGCUGAGCCUACACUCAUCACAACUACCCCACACCCAUGGCUUGGGAUCCUGGCGGACUGACACCCCUGGUUCUGGCGUCAUCUUCAGCGGAGCCAUGGCAACCCCGGAUGUGAGUGUCCACAUGGAGGAGGUGGUGGUGGUCACCACGCCAGACACCGCAGUGGACGGGAGUGGUGUGGAGGAGGUGAAGACUGUGCUGGUGACGACCAACCUGGCUCCUCACGGGGGCGAGCUGGCGGAGGACAGCAUGGAGACGGAAAACGCAGCAGCAGCUGCGGCGGCUGCUUUCACAGCGUCCUCACAGCUCAAGGAGGCCGUGUUAGUGAAGGUGGCUGAAGAAGAGGAGAGCCUGGAGGCUGAAAUCGUGUACCCCAUCACCUGCGGAGACAGCAGAGCCAACCUGAUUUGGAGGAAGUUUGUGUGCCCGGGCAUCAAUGUGAAGUGUGUCCAGUAUGAUGAGCAUGUGAUCAGCCCAAAGGAGUUUGUGCACCUGGCCGGCAAGUCUACCCUGAAGGACUGGAAGAGGGCCAUCCGCAUGAAUGGCAUCAUGCUCAGGAAGAUCAUGGACUCUGGGGAGCUGGACUUUUACCAGCACGAUAAGGUCUGCUCCAACACCUGCCGCAGCACCAAGAUCGAUCUUUCAGGCGCCCGCGUGUCCCUGAGCAGCCCCACCUCGGCCGAGUACAUUCCACUCACGCCUGCCACGGCUGACGUGAAUGGGUCUCCCGCUACCAUCACCAUAGAGACCUGCGAGGAUCCCGGUGACUGGACCACGGCCAUCGGAGAUGACACCUUUUCCUUCUGGCGAGGGCUCAAGGACGCAGGUCUGCUGGAUGAGGUCAUACAGGAGUUCCACCAGGAGCUGAUGGAGACCAUGAAGGGCCUGCAGCAGCGGGUCCAGGACCCUCCCCUGCAGCUCCGAGAUGCUGUCCUCCUCAACAACAUCGUGCAGAACUUCGGCAUGCUGGACCUGGUUAAGAAGGUGCUGGCCAGCCACAAGUGCCAGAUGGACCGCUCGCGGGAGCAGUACGCCCGAGACCUGGCAGCCCUGGAGCAGCAGUGUGAUGAGCACCGCCGUCGGGCCAAGGAGCUCAAGCACAAAUCUCAGCACCUCAGCAACGUGCUCAUGACGCUGACGCCUGUCUCUCUGCCGCCCCCCACGAAGCGGCCCCGGCUGGCAAGGGCCACGUCUGGGCCGGCUGCCAUAGCCUCUCAGGUGCUCACCCAGUCUGCCCAGAUCGCCCUCAGCCCCGGCGUGCCCGUCUCCCAGCUGACUGGCGUGCCGCUCGGCAAAGUGGUGUCCACCCUGCCCUCCCCCGUGCUGGGCAAGGGCCCCCCCCAGGCUGCUCCUGCCAGCUCCCCUGCCUCACCACUGCUGGGGGGCUACACGGUGCUGGCCUCGUCGGGCGCCACCUUCCCUGGCACGGUGGAGAUCCACCCGGACGCGUCCAGCCUCACGGUCCUGAGCACGGCCGCCAUGCAGGACGGCAGCACUGUGGUCAAGGUGGUGAGUCCCCUGCAGCUGCUCACCUUGCCAGGCCUGGGCCCUACCCUACAGAACGUGGCCCAGGUGUCACCUGGUGGCAGCACCAUCGUGACAGUGCCCACGGGGGCCGUCGAGAGCACCAUGGCCGCCUCAGGGCCCGAGGAGCACGCAGCCACCAUCGAGGUGGCCGCCAUGGCGGAGGGCCAUGAGCACAAGUAGACGCUGGUGGAGGGCGAGGCCCCUCGUGGGCACAGGGCUGGCCGCCUCUCCUCAAACCGCGCUGGGCGGGAGCACAUAGCCCCGGCGCCCCGCGGGUCACGUUGGGCUGAACCAAAGAGCGGAAAACACCAAAACAGACGAGGAGCAAAAGGGAUCUCAGACGACAGACCUGUGCAGCCAGCCUCGCACUCGCACUUCCUCCCCCUUUUUUCUUAGGAAAUACAUUUUUCCAUCUGUUGCUUAUUGAUACUGUUUACACGUUGGGCCUGAUCAGGAGCCAGGCAGAGAGGACGAGGAGGCAGAGCCGGGGAGCGGGGCCCGGACCCCGUGGGUGCGAGGGGCCCUGGGGGGGUCCUGAGCCGGCUGGGGGAGGGGGGUCGCUAACACAUGUCUUGGGAACCGUCCCCAAGUGUGGAAACCCAUGGAUCCUAUGGAUUUGGUUUCUUCCCACAGUUUUCUGUAGGUUUAGUGUGGCCCGGCACCCUGUUCUCCCAUCUCUGGAACAGGCCUCGGUGCUGCCGCUGGUCCACAUGCGGCUCUGGGCUGGGGCUCCCGGGCACACGGGGGUUGGAGUGCAGCCCCCAGGGCACCCGCCUGAGCAGAGGGCCAGGGGGCCCCAGCAGCAUGAGUUUGCCGUCUGCCCACCCCCCUCCACCCGGCAGGGGCUGUUGCACAUGCACCGUGGGUGUCUUUAAGUGAAUUGUUUAGUAGGCUUCUAGGAAGAGUCAGAUUUAUAGCAUUUUCAACCUAAGCAACGCUGAGUGCCUAGGCUCCCCGAAUUUGCUCUGGGUUCCAGAGUUCUUUGUACAAGCAGUUGUCAGGAUGGCCCGCGGGGGACUGUGUGUGUGGGUGGUUCCUUCUGCUCUGGCUGUGAGCUCUUGGCACCGGCAGGCCACCCAGGGGAGUGUGACGGUGGGUGUGCCCCUCAGGCUUUGGUUCCGGGGUUAGGGGGUGAACAGAACCAGCCAGGAACUGAGGAGGAUCUGCAUGGCCGUGGGCUCAUUGUCAACCCUGUGCCCAGCCUGUUGGCGGGGCCAUCAUAACAGCCUUAGCACUUAGUCCCCCGAACUCCCCAUGCCCCCUACCCGGAGGUGGAGGUGUAUGUGGGGUGACAGCCAGGUAGCCUGGGCAAGGGCCGGUCAGGGUGGGGCCGGGAUGCUCACUGGCGGGGCCAUCCGUGGGCCACGUGCAGCUCUGAGUUUGGACACAGGAGGGAGAAUAGGCAGGGGUCCCCUGAAGGCCUGAAGCCAUCUCCAGCAGGGCCCCAAGGCCCGUCCGUGCCCCUGAGUGGCAGGCUCCCUCAGACCUGCCAGUUCUGUUGCUUGCUGAACACCCUUCUCUGGGAGAAGGGGAGGGGGCUCCAGAGACAAAAUGCUGCCCCACUUUGUGCUUUGAAGGGAACUGGGUUCCGCGUGUCCGUCCUUCCAUACGUCAGGUGCCCCAGACCUACCAGAGCGGGCCUCGCCCCCCCGAGUCAAGCCACCGACCGAGGUGGUCUUUUUCUGUUUUCUUUCUGUUGCAUACUUGUUUGCUGUUCUCAUGGGUCAGCUGGUUUCAGCAUGAUGUUUACUUGCUGGUGUACUCCUCAUCUUCACGGUGUCCUGAUGCCCGAGGCAGUGUGAUCCCUGCGGGUGGGCGCGGCCCUGCCUGGCCCCGUGGGUCUGCACCAGCUCAGACCAUAGGAGAAAUCACGUGGCUGAUAAAACCGUGUCUUGCCCUUGGAGCCUUUGUCACAGUCAGCCGCUGCCCUGCCUUUCAAGCCGCUGCCCUGCCUUUCAAGCCGCUGCCCUGCCCUCAGACCGCAGGGGCACUGGGGGGAAGUGUGUGUCAGAGCCAUAGAAACAGAAGCCACAGCCCCGAAAUAACUGCAGCCCCCCCUUCCGCCCGGGCUGGGGGGCAGACACCUGUGCCUGGCAGGGCCCCAAGCCGGGGAGGGUUCCUGGGGCUCUGUCAGUGCGCCCGCGCCUUCCAGUCCCCCGGGCAGGUCUGUGGCGGCUUCUGGGGGGCAGGACUGGAUUGGGUUUUUCUCAAGGUGCCGAGCGCUGGCUCAGAGGCAGCCUGGGGAAGGGAAGCAUCCGGGUUCUACUUUGUAUGUUGUUUUGCAAGUAUCUGCUUGGUACUUUGAUUUACAGUAAAAACAUUUUUCAUAA